GAAGAGCGGAUCUGUCCCCCUGCGGAAGGCGCCCAGAGAACUGGCAGCGCUGGUGGCCGGGAGGGGGGCUGAGUCGUGUUACAGAGUUUGUUGCUGUUUUGAAUAAGUCGAUGGCAGAGCUGGGGGCUUUCGCUGUCCCGGCCCCCUCCUACUGGGGUGAUUAGCUCAGUGGCUAUGGGGCUUUGCAGGGGACGCAUGGCCCUGCCGCUUCCUUUAGGCGGGGAAGAAGAGGAGGGCUCGGGUGAUCUCUCUAAGACCCAGAGGGAGCCUAGGCCGGGGCGGUAGGCUGUGCUGAUUGCAGAAGAGCUGGAGCCUUCAGUCUCCAUCACCAGCCAUUCAGGCGCAGAAAGAGAGAGCGAGGAAGAGGAAGAGGAGGAGGAGAAGGAGGAGGAGGAGAAGGGGCGAGGGGUGGGGGAGGGAAUCUGAUCACCCGGCUGGCAAUGGCCUGAGCCGAUGCCUUGGGAGAUCUCGCCCUCCUGCUCCGGCUGCCAAGCCGUGGACCGACCAGCCUUGCCUCCUCGCCACCCUGCUCCCAUUCCGCUUGCACAAUGCCCGCUGUACGGCGUAGCCCCUUCCUACACUAGGGGGGCUCUGCUGGGGAUGUGAGCCGGCGGGCAGGGAGAGCCAUUGUGGGGAAGAGGAGCCAGCCAGAGGAGGCCGAGCGAGGCUAUGAGGUGUGGGCGACCGGAGAAGGCUCCUCGCUGAACCAUGAUGAAGACGGAGCCCCCCACCGCCAGCCCCAGCAACAGCAGCAGCGGCAGCCUGAGAAGCGCCUCUCCCCACAGGAACGCCUACGAAGCGGGGAUCCAGGCCCUCCGAGCCACAAAGGAUGCCCUUGGGGCCGCCGAGAGCGAAGAAGCCAAGAAGGCCAGGAACAAGAAGUAUGGGUCCAACGUGCACCGGAUCAAGAACAUGUUCCUGCAGAUGGGGACCGCCCCGCCGGGCGAGGGCACCUGCGACCUGGCCAAGGUGAAGGAGAAGCCCGUCCGGCUUUCCUUGCCCAGGGCCAGCAGCCUGAACGAGAACGUGGACCACAGCGCGCUGCUGAAGCUGGGGACCAGCGUGUCGGAGAGGGUGAGCCGCUUCGACUCCAAGCCCGACAAGCCGGUCUCCAAGCUCCAGGAGACCCGGAAGAUCUUCGAGCGGAGCCUUCAGGAGAAGGAGACCACCAACAAGCUCCUGCUGAGGAAGGAGAGGGCCGGCUUCCAGGACAGGAAGCUGGACGUGGUGGUGAGAUUCAACGGGAGCACCGAGUCCCUGGACAAGCUGGACACGGAGGCCGUGUCGCCCACCGUCAGCCAGCUCAGCGCCGUCUUCGAGAAGGCCGACCUGAGGAACAACCUGCACAAAACCCCCAGCAAAGUCGGGCCCCUCAACUCCAAGAUCGUCAGCAAGAGGUCCCGGGUCUUCCUCCAGGGCCCGGAAGGGGGCAAGGCGGAAGCCAGGGGGGGCGACGGGCCGGCUCUCCAACUGAGAGCCAAGCAUCUUGAGGGCGAGAAGGCCCAACCCAAACCGGUCGCGCCCAGGCCGGGCGAGAAGGACGCCACGGGCCCACGGGCCCAGAGCGUCCAGGAGGUGCGGAAGAUCAAGCCGGUGGAGGUGGAGGAGAGCGGGGAUUCGGAGCAGGAGUUCGAGGCCGCCGAGCAGGCGGAGGAGACGGCGGCCGAGCAGGACAAGAGCAAGAGCUUGGCGUCUGGGCCCGAGCGGGCCGAGCUGAUCCAGGCCGAGGUGACGGUGCACGCGGCCUUGGAGAACGGCGGCCUGGCUGCGGAGAAACAUGGGCAGGCCCCGGAAGCGGACGCCUACCCCGAGGAGGAGGGCAAGGCCGAGGGGCAGGAGGAGGCCGACCUGGGCGACGAGUCCAAGAAGGAGGACUUCUCGGAGGCCGACCUGGUGGACAUCAGUGCAUACAGUGGGCUGGGGGAGGACUCGGGGGGGAGCGGGCUGGACGAGGACGAGGAGGCCGACGGGCUGUACGAGCCCGAGUCGAGCUGCGUGGAGAUCCCCGGGCUGUCGGAGGAGGAGGAGCUGGUGCCCAACCGCAAGAUCCAGUUCAGCACGGCUCCCAUCCAGGUAUUCAGCACCUACUCCAAUGAGGACUACGACCGCCGGAACGAGGAUGUGGACCCCAUGGCUGCCUCGGCUGAGUACGAGCUGGAGAAGCGGGUGGAGAGGCUAGACCUCUUCCCGGUGGAGCUGGAGAAAGACUCCGAGGGGCUGGGAAUCAGUAUUAUCGGGAUGGGUGCCGGAGCGGACAUGGGCCUUGAGAAGCUCGGCAUCUUCGUCAAGACGGUGACCGAUGGGGGAGCGGCCCACCGGGACGGCAGGAUCCAGGUGAAUGACCUCAUCGUGGAAGUGGACGGUACCAGCCUGGUGGGCGUGACCCAGAGCUUCGCGGCCUCGGUGCUGAGGAACACCAAGGGUAGAGUCCGGUUCCUGAUCGGGCGGGAGAAGCCGGGCGAGCAAAGCGAGGUCGCGCAGCUAAUCCAGCAGACGCUGGAGCAGGAGCGGUGGCAGCGGGAGAUGAUGGAGCAGAGAUACACCCAGUACACGGAAGAGGACGAAGAAACGGGUGAAUAUGCCACGGACGAGGACGAGGAGAUGAGCCCCAUGUUCCCCAGCAGCGAGAUGGCCAUCGAGGUCUUCGAACUGGCUGAGAACGAGGACAUGCUGUCCCCCGUCGAGAUGGACCCCGAGAAGCUGGUGCACAAGUUUAAGGAGCUCCAGAUCAAACACGCCGUCACCGAGGCCGAGAUCCAGCAGCUGAAGAGGAAGCUGCAGUCCAUUGAGCAGGAGAAGGCUCGCUGGCGAGCCGAGAAGGCCCAGCUGGAGCAGAGCGUGGAGGAAAACAAGGAGAGGAUGGAGAAGCUGGAGGGUUAUUGGAUGGAGGCCCAGAACCUGUGCCAGGCAGUGGAUGAGCACCUGAAAGAGACUCAAGCCCAGUACCAGACCCUGGAGCGGAAAUACAGCAAGGCCAAGCGGCUCAUCAAGGAGUAUCAGCAGAAGGAGAUCGAGUUCCUCAAGAAGGAGACGACCCAGAGGCGCGUCCUGGAGGAGUCGGAGCUGGCCCACAAGGAGGAAAUCGACAAGCUCCAGGAGAAGAUCUCCGAACUGGAGGGGAAGCUGCAGACCUUGAAAAAUUCAAACCCAACUUAAAACAAACACAAACACGAAGCAAUCGUUGGGGAGGAGGGACACUUUCCCCUUAACCCCCCCCCCCGCCCCCGUUUUGCCCCUGCCCCUCCCCCACCCUCCCACCCCUUUUGGCCUUCAUAGACGGGAGAGGAAGGCACAAAAGCAAAACCGCUAUGAAAGGAAUAAUAAUGAUCCCUCCUUCCCCCUGCCUUCCUUUGGGGGGAGAGAGAGAGGGGGGGAGGAGGGCUGGGGCCAGUGCGGGGUGGGGGGGCUCUGGGAUUGGCUGGCUGGGUCCCGGCUGGCCUGGAGGGGGCAGUGUGGGGAAUGUCUCUGGGACAGGGGACCCCUCAUUAAUUUCUGUUCCUCAUGUGAGUCUCGUGUUAACUUGAUGGACGCAUUUUGCGGGGGGGGGUUGUUCUGCCUGUGGAUCCCCCCCCAACAUCCACCCCCCCCCACAUCCCAUCGAGGAGCCUUUCCAGCCAACCUCCCGGCUCGAGAUCGGCACCCGCGCCGUGUCCUCCCGAGGCCUCCGGGGAAGGGCUGUGCGGGCAGCACCCCCCUGUGCAGAGUGGGGCGUUGGAGGGGGCCGGGCAAGCUGGCCCGAAGCUCACACCUUGGUGAAAGGACUCUCUUGUGGAGGCCGGCUCUCUUCACUGGCCCAUCCUUGGGGCAAUCCGUCGCGCGCUGUGUUUCGUGCGCUGGUGGGAAGCGUGUCUGUGUUUGAGAUCUCGGCCCAGUGCCAGGCAGGAUCUGGGACCCAGGAGGGCAGACACGCUGCUGGCACAGCACAGGAGGCCCUGGGCAGCGCUGGCAGGGACGGGUUGUGCCUGAUAACGUCAGGGACCAGCGCCUUGGCCUCUCCGCUGCGAGUCCGUCCCGGAGGAUUUCAGGGAAUGACAGCGAGCGUCCGGCUGAGCUCACACCUCCCCAGACAGCGUGGGGCGGGCGGGGGGUGGGGAGAUCCUGGAACAGAGACACCCCCCGCCCCCCGGUGAGCAGCCUGCCGGGGAAAGACUGUGGGCAUCUGCCUCUUCCCCCGCAGCUGGAUGGAUACAGGGACGCACGGGCUGCGGGGUGGGACUUGCUCCUUCCCGGGCACAACGCCGGCGCUCGAUGGGAGGAAAACCACGACGGGAAGUGGCCCUGGCCGAGACUGCUCAUUGCUUCGCUCCGCAGAGGCGCUGGGGCUGGCUUCUAGCGGCAGGAUGAGCCGGCGGGAGGGGGCCCCUUUGCUCUAGAGGGGAGGGCAGACGCAGGUCUUGGCCACAGCAGAGUAUUGCCCCGAGGUGACGAAACGGGGUCAGACUCGGACUGGCGUCAAGCCGUGCACGUGGGAAUUGGCAAGCGCACGGCACGCACAGGGGCCUGGCACUGGUGCCCUUACGCCCGUGGAUGGGAUGGGGGCACUAGUGUGUUCGCACUCAUGUGUGGGAUGGGGACAUUGGUGAGCUCACAACCAUGCGUGGGAUGGGACACUGGCGCGCUCACACCCGUGCGUGGGAUGGGGGCACUGGUGAGCUCACACCCGUGCGUGGGAUGGGGGCACUGGUGAGCUCACACCCGUGCGUGCGAUGGGGCACUGGUGAGCUCACACCCGUGCGUGCGAUGGGGCACUGGCAUGCUCACACCCAUGUGUGCGAUGGGGGCAUUGGCGUGCUCACACCCGUGCGUGGGAUGGGGGCACUGGUGUGCUCACACCCGUGCGUGGGAUGGGGGCACUGGCGUGCUCACACCCAUGUGUGCGAUGGGGGCAUUGGCGUGCUCACACCCGUGCGUGGGAUGGGGGCACUGGCGCGCUCACACCCGUGCAUGCGAUGGGGGCACUGGCGUGCUCACACCCAUGUGUGUGAUGGGGGCAUUGGCGUGCUCACACCCGUGCGUGGGAUGGGGGCACUGGCACGCUCACACCCGUGCGUGCAAUGGGGGCCCUGGCGCGCUCACACCCGUGCGUGCGAUGGGGCACUGGCGUGCUCACACCCGUGCAUGGGAUGGGGGCACUGGCGUGCUCACACCCGUGCGUGGAAUGGGGGCACUGGCGCACUCACACCCCUGCGUGGGCUGGGGGCCCUGCGUGGGAUGGGGGUACUGGCGCGCUCACACCCGUGCGUGCGAUGGGGGCCCUGGCGCGCUCACACCCGUGCGUGGGCUGGGGGCCCUGGUGCAUUCACACCCGUGCGUGCAAUGGGGGCCCUGGCGCGCUCACACCCGUGCGUGGGCUGGGGGCCCUGGUGCAUUCACACCCGUGCGUGCGAUGGGGGCCCUGGCGCGCUCACACCCGUGCGUGCGAUGGGGGCCCUGGCGCGCUCACACCCGUGCACAGGGACCUGGCAGCCCUGUAACCACCCCGCUGUCUGACCUAGUUUAGUUGCCUCUGUGCAAUUGCCUCAAGUCGCCAAGGCCUCAGGCUCAAGCCUCCUCCCGUCCUGUUCAUUUGUCUUUCUUUCCAUGCCCGCUCCUGCGGUGCCUCCUUUCCCGCCUCUGGCCAAACGGGCGCUUUUGGGCAUGGGGGAGUCGGGGUAGAAGCCCCCAGCUCCCCUUUAUUUCCAGGGAGAGGAGAGAAGAGGUAGGAACUUCUCCAAAGCCUUGUGAAAAGUGAACCCUUCGGGCCCCGCUCUGAGCCGGUGAGCGGCCCCCCACGUGCCCCGUUUGGAGGGACGAUGCUGCCGAGCUGGGCCCUGGCCCCGAUCUCGCGCCUGGCGGGGCGUAGCCAGUAUAAGCGAGAGGCGUCCUGCGUCGUCAGCCCCCCGUCCCCCCGCCCCCGGACAGGAUUGCACGGGCACCCCCGGUAGACGUGUCUUCAGGCCGACGCGGCCCAUCCCUCCCCUCGCGUAAAGGCCGAAUGGGUUUUUAUUUAAAGCGACAAGAAGAACAAAGGAAAAUAAAUACAUGUUCAAAACCAACCGAUCGCUUUUAAAAAUUGUAAAUAAUAAAAAAAAAAAACGCAGUAUUUAUAUGUGACCAGGACAAUUGUUUUCCUUUGUAAGCUGGAGAUUGCAGGGGGGGGCGUUUAUCGACUCCUCACCCCCACACUGUCUAAGAAGGAUCAACAGGGUGCAAUCAAUGCCCCACCCUGGUUGCCCUUCUGGGUAGAAACCAGCACUCUUGCUGGCCAAUGUCCUUAAAGGCCGGGUCUCCGACAGUGACUGGAUGUGGGGGCGUUGGGAGCCAGAUCUCUGCCGGCUGAGCUGGGCCGGGCUGGAGCUGGAAGGACCAGGGCACGCUGUGGAUGGGCAGGCCAAUGCAGAAUAAGACCCACCCGCCAACCCCUCUCGGGAGUUUGUGCAAAGCAACAGGGAUGUCUGUGAAAUGGACGCAUUAAAAACCGGGAAGGCGGCGGUGGGCCCAGAACAGAGGGAAAGCGGGUGGGGGUGGCAGACUGCUGGGAAAUUGUCUUAAAUUUUUAUUUAAUCUCCUUACACACGUAUCAAUGUGUAUGUAUAUAAUAUAUAUAUAUAUGGAUGGAUGGAUUGUUUCUGGUUUUGUAUUGCAAUGUCCUCUCGUCGGAUCAUAUCAAAUACAGGCCCUCAUUGUC